ACUACUUUAAGCGGUGGAUUGUGUUCUGCUCUUUCGAAAUUGUAUAAAACACGUAAGAACAUUGAUUGUAGUCUGACAGAUUUUUAUAACUUAGUUUUUCUCCUUCAACAGAGUUGGAGGGAAGAUGCAUGAUGGGCAUUAAACUGGAUUUGCGUGUUUGACAGUCCUAUUUGACUUUUGGAGAGGAUUGUUUCUUGACCGUCUUCAGUGGCAUGCCCAAAUAAUGUUGGCAAGAAAAAGCAUAAUACCAGAGGAGUUCACGCUCCCUGCGCUCAUGUCGCGGACUCCCCGCAAGCCUGUGUUCAGGGACCGCGUGAACAAAGCGCGCUUCAUCGCCAAGAGCGGCGCGUGCAACCUGGCGCACAAGAACAUCCGCGAGCAGGGCAGAUUCCUGCAGGACGUAUUCACCACACUGGUGGAUCUCAAAUGGCGUUUCACACUAGUCGUCUUUACCAUGACUUUCCUGUGCAGUUGGCUGCUGUUCGCCAUGGGCUGGUGGCUCGUGGCUUUUGCGCACGGGGAUCUGGACCCCAACAGAAAACACGGCGUAGAGCAAUGUGUCACGAAUGUCAAGUCUUUCACCUCUGCCUUCCUCUUUUCCAUCGAGGUGCAGGUGACCAUCGGUUUCGGUGGGCGCAUGAUCACAGAGCAGUGUCCCACAGCCAUAACGGUCCUCAUAUUACAGAACAUCGCAGGCCUUAUUAUUAAUGCCAUAAUGUUGGGCUGCAUCUUCAUGAAAACAGCCCAGUCCCACCGGCGUGCUGAGACUCUUAUCUUCAGCCGUCAGGCUGUCAUCGCCGUACGCAACAACCGCCUGUGCUUCAUGAUCCGUGUGGGGGACCUGCGCAAAAGUAUGAUCAUCAAUGCUGUUGUGCGCCUUCAAGUAGUCCGGAAAACCACCACGCCGGAAGGAGAGGUCAUACCCAUCCACCAAAUCGAUGUUCAGACGGAAAGCGCCGUGGCCAGCAACAGCAUCUUCCUGUUGGCACCCCUCGUCAUUUGUCAUGUCAUUGAUAAGGACAGUCCUCUAUAUGAUCUCUCGGCUAUGGAGUUGCAGUGUAGUGAUCUUGAGGUGAUUGUGAUACUGGAAGGUGUGGUGGAGACCACGGGCAUCACCACUCAGGCUCGUACCUCAUACGUGGCUGAGGAGAUCCAAUGGGGCCACCGCUUUGUGCCUAUUGUUACCGAAGAAGAGGGUGUGUACUCGGUGGACUAUUCGAAGUUCGGGAACACGGUCAAGGUGGCUACCCCACCCUGUAGCGCCCGUGAGCUGGAUGAGAAGCCCUCCAUUCUGAUCCAGACGCUCCAGAAGAGUGAGCUGUCUCACCAGAACUCUCUGCGCAAGAGGAACUCGAUGCGGCGUAACAACUCCAUGCGCAAGGGCAACACCACGCGACGCAACAAUUCGGCACUCGCCGUGCCCAAGGUGCAGUUCUUGACCCCGGAGGAAGGGCAAAACCUGCUUGUUACAUGACACGAGGCCUACGAUUACUUGUACUUUUCAUGUCCUCUCCAGUUUUCUCUUCUGUUCCAUUCUGAUAUGUGUGAUGUAGCAACAUGAGAUUUUGUUUCAAUUUUGACAUGGACACUUGCCCUGUGUGAAAGAUAGCCUUACCCAUUAGGGUCUCAAGCCUAACUGAUAUUAUUUGCCAUUAUGUUCAUUCAGUGAAAUAUUAAAAAUGUCCAUGUUCUACAUAAUUCAUGUUAUGAUUAUUAAUUACAAUAACAAUAAUGCAUAUGUGUGAUUUAUUCAACCCACUCCACAAAAUAAUUAUUAUGAACUAAAUCUACUAGUCAAGUCAAGUCAUUUUUAUUUGUAUAGUGCUUUUUACAACACAUGUUGUUUCAAAGCAGCUUUACAGAAAAUUGUAAUGUAACAGAGAAUAAUGCUGUGAUGUCUUAAAAUCAUCAUUGUGUGGUUUAAGUAAGUAACAUGAUUUAAAAACAUGCCUUUAUAAAAUUGAGCAAGCCAAAAGCGAUGAUGGAAAGGAACAAAAAACUCUUUAAAAAGUUAGUUUAUGGAGAAAAAUAACCUUGGGAGAAGUUAGGCUCAGCUGGGGUAUCUAGUUCCCCUCUGGCUAAACAGCAUGAAUAUAAUGCCAAUAUUAGUUUUAUAUGUGUAGUAAAAGACUAGUUUUAUGUAAGUAAACUGAGUAGAUGUUGGAGGGGAAUGUUUAACACUAAAGGAUUGUGAAUGAAUAGUAAGUUUAAUGAUUAAUUGUCUAUAAGUCCAUUACGAAUUGACUUCGGAAUUGCACAUAGAUGAAGUGUCCUUUUGUUUAGUUGAUGAAGGCUACUAUUCGGUACUGUAUGUGUAUUGUAACACACAUGACCCACAUUUGUUUUUCUCACAUUUUCUUUGGAAACUUAU